CUGAGCCACGGGGGAAAGUCCCAAGGGCACAGACGGGAUGUGGGGCGGUGUGGGGCACAGGGUGGCAGAUGCCCCCCGGCCCCGGGAGCUCCCAGGAGCCCUGCCUCGGUGGGGCUCUGGUGUUGGUGAGCGUCCAGGGGCGGCCUGACUUCCUCUCUCAGGUUCUGGCGGCCCCGAGUGUGACACCAGGGGUCAGCAGGGCCCUGCUCCCUCCUGAGGCUCCAGGGACCCUUCCAGCGUCUGAGGGUCCUCCUCAACCCUCCGUGUCCCUUGGCUUGCCACUGUGUUACUCGUGUCUCGUCCACUGUCACGUGGCCUUCUCCCUGUGUCCGCAUCUCUUUCGAGGACACCUCCUUAGCGCGUCAGGGCCCACCCUCCUGCAGUGCGACUUGGUCACAUCUGCAGAUUUCCUGUUUGCAAAGAAGGUCACCUUUACCGGUACCGGAGGGGCAGGACUUGAACGUGCCAUUUAGAAGACCUGAUUGAGCACAGGGCAGUCCUCAGCAGCAGGUGUUUGCCGGGUGCAGCUCAGGUGUCCUUCCAGAGACACAUCUGAUGCCCUGGGGGUGGCCCAGCCCAGCCCUCGGGCCGCAUAGCUCAGACCGCGCACACCCCGUGAGUCAGAGCCAGCUCUAGCUCUCGGGCGAAUUCGGCUGCAUAUACUCUCCGGCUCCCCUCCUAGAUUUUCAAGUUUUUUUGCCCCAUUUUAUCUCAGUUUUGUUUCAUGAAUGGUUUGUAAAAGAAGUUGGUGUUCCAGAUCAUGUCUUCCUUGAUAAUUUAAACAGUUACAGGUCCUUCCUGGAGUUAGCCAUGCUACUGUUUGGUGUGUAUCCUUGCCAGCUUUCUGCCAUGUUGCCAUAUGUUACAUGUAUGGGUUAGAUAUACACAGUUAUAUAUAUUUAACUGUAGACAACUUUUUUUCCAGGUUUUAUUGUUAUUUUUUUAAGAUUUUACUUAUUUAUUCAUGAGAGACACACAGAGAGGCAGAGACACAGGCAGAGGGAGAAGCAGGCUCCCUGCUCGAUCCCAGGACCCCAGGGUCACACCCUAAGCCCAAGGCAGACGCUCAACCAUGAGCCACCCAGGCAUCCCUAUUAUUAUUAUUUUUUGUAAUAGCUUCGUUUAGAUAGAAGCCACAUACCAUACAGUUCAUUCAUUUUGAGUAUACAGUUAAGUGAUUUACAGGAUGUGCACAGAGUUGUACGAUCACCGUGUCUGUCUAAGUCUGGAACAUGGUGUCUGUUAUCAUCCCCAAAGAAACCCUGUCCCGUGAGCAGUUACCUCCCAUCCCCAUUCUCUAGCCCCUGCCAAAAAUGAAUCUACUUCCUGCCUGUAGGUAUGCCUGCCUGUUCUGGACGUCACACACGUGGACUCACACCGUGGGGCCUCCUGUGUCAGGUUCUCACCGCGUGCUGUGUUUCCAAGGUAGCAGGAGUGGAAUCUCCGGGUCACGUGUUAACUCUACGACCAUGUGAAGAACCGCCAGGCUGUCUUCCCCGUGCCGCUCACACCACAGGCCUCUGUUCUGUCCCAGUACCGGGAGGCCUGGGAUCGAGAUGUUGGCAGGGCCGACAUUGCAGAGCCUCUGUCCUUGGUGUUAGACGGCCGUCUUCUCCCCGUGCCCUCACAUGGAAUCCCCGUGAAGCCCAUCACAAGUGUCCCGUGAACGGCCCCCACUCAUUCCUCAGGAUUGUGCGUGAGAGUCUGCUGCUUGCAAGGGGCUUCAUCCCUGCCUGCCCUGGAACCUGCUCCCAAGAGAAGAGGAUGGCUGCUGGGUACCUGCCCCCCUGGCCCCAGGAGUUUGUAACCUUUGAGGAUGUGGCUGUGGACUUCUCCCAGGAGGAGUGGGAGAUGCUAGACCCUGCUCAGAGGAGGCUCUACAGAGAGGUGAUGCUGGAGACCUGCCGGAACCUGGCCACACUAGAUGCCUUGAAGAAUCAACGUGCCAAUAUGGGCAUUGAGGAUGGUACGCUCUCCCCAACCCCAGCCUCUCAGGCCACCAGUCCUUCUUCAUGGGCAGGGUGUUCGCUUUUGCUGCCAGGGGCAGCUUUCCACUUGGAGCAAGGAGAAGCCAUGUGGACGGGGGGAGAAGGAGCUCCCCAAACCUCCUGCUCAGAUUUGGAGACGAGUCUGAAAAGCCAAGAGUCAAUUUAUACGAAGGUGGUUUUGGAGGAAGAACCACCCAGUGGUAUGAAUAUCAUAAAGCUCCCCAAAGAAGAAUGGGGAUGUGGUCAACUUGAGGAGAGCCAUGAAGACCCCCACAGGCUUUUGAGGCAAAUGGCAUUCACUCAGGUAGACACAUUGGCUCAAAAGGAGGCCAUUGCCUGGCAUGAGUUUGGGGACCCCUGUAGUAUGAACUCAGACCUUGCUUUAUCACAAGGGGAUUCUCUAGGAAAGCAUUUCCUUGACUGUAAUCUUAACAUUGAGAGUUUGGUAGCUGAUCCAUUCUUAAAACAUCAUCAGAUGGGAUAUACAGACCAGAGGCCCUGUAAAGGGAAUGAAUACGCAAAAGACGUCAGCCAAAAUAGUCCUCUUACUCAGCACAAAAGAACCGGAACUUGUACAUAUGCAGAAGGCGGGGAGUCAUUUAAUCAUGGCACGGCUCUUACGACACACAACACAAUUAAUACAGUGGGGAAAUCCUAUGAAUGUUACCAGUGUGGGAAAGUGUUUAAUCGGAGGCAUUCCCUGAGUGAGCAUCAAAGAAUACAUACAGGAGAGAGACCAUAUGAAUGUCAGGAAUGUGGGAGAGCCUUCACGCACAGCUCAACCCUCACACGGCACUUGAGAACUCAUACUGGAGAGAAGCCCUAUGCGUGCGGUGAUUGUGGGAAGGCCUUCAAUAGGAUAUCAUCUCUUACCCAACACCAGAGGAUUCACACAGGUGAAAAGCCCUAUAAAUGCAAAGACUGUGGAAAAUCCUUCUGCCAGAGUUCUUACCUGAUCUUGCACAAGAGAACGCAUACUGGCGAGAAGCCUUAUGAAUGUAACGAAUGUGGAAAGGCCUUCAGUGAUCGCUCCUCACUUAACCAACAUGAGCGAACUCACACUGGCGAGAACCCCUAUGAAUGUAAUCAAUGCGGAAGAGCCUUCAGCCAGAGGUCUUCCCUCGUUCGGCACGAGAGAACUCACACUGGAGAGAAACCGUAUAGCUGUAAUGAAUGUGGGAAAGCAUUCAGCCAGAGCUCAUCCCUUAUUACCCAUCAGAAAACUCACACUAGUCAAAAAACCUAUAAAAUAAUUGAUUGUGGGAAAGCUUUCUAUCAGAGCAGCCACCUUAUUGGAUUUUAGAUAUUGCUUGCUGCUCUGAAGUACAUAAGUAUGGCUAGAGUUUGCCCUUUGGAUGUACUAUCUAUUUUUAAAGAUUUUAUUUAUUUAUUCAUGAGUGACACAGAGAGAAGCAGAGACACAGGGAGAGGGAGAAGCAGGCUCCACGCAGGGAGCCCGAUGUGGGACUUGAUCCCAGGACUCCAGGAUCACACCCUGGGCUGAAGGCAGGUGCUAAACUGCUGAGCCACCCAGGGAUCCCCCAUACUAUUUGAAAAGAAGUAGGUGUAUGUCAUAUUCUUGAAGUCCAGAUCUGAGAAGGGACCUUUUAAUGGAGGAAAUUGCCAUUGAGCUCUGCCCAAGGCCUGCCCUUUUGGAAAAGAUUA